AUGCAGUCGUCCGCCUCGCAGCAGGCAUCUAGCGCGCCUGAGACCGACACCUCCAACCAUACAUCUCUUGCUCACCCUCCCGACGACGGCACUUGGGGCGAACCAGAACGAGGCGAGCCUGUCAACGUCAACCAGGCCCUCCAAGACUUCCAGCUCGCUAGACAAUCCUCACGUAGCUCAGCAAAAAGCAACCAUGCCGGUCCAUCUUCAUCCGGUCUGCGUGGAGGCUCAGCCAUCGGUCGUGCUCUUAGUGGCGGCAACUGCAACAAGCAGCCAAAGAUCAACGAAAACGAACUCGACAUCGAGGCCGCUUCCUCCGGCGAGACCUACGAGAACGACUUUGAUCUUGGCAAGUGGAUGCUCACUCGCAACGCUCAAGCCAAGGAAGAAGGCAUCGACAGUGGCAAGCCUGUUGGCAUGCUCUGGAGGGACAUCUCCAUCACCGCUUCCGGCUCGGGAGGCGGAGGUAUCUUUGUCAAGACCCUUCCUGUCGCAAUCGCAAACACAGCUUGCAGAGAUCCUAUCGGAGUCCUCACUACUCUUGUCCCACCACUCAAGAAGCUUUUCACUCCUCGCAACAUGCCUACCACCACCCUUCUCCACAAAUCCAGCGGUAUCCUCAAACCAGGCGAGAUGCUUCUCGUUCUCGGCCGUCCAGGAUCAGGCUGCUCCACCGCCCUCCGUGCUAUUACCUCCAAGAAUCACACAAAUGUCUCUCCAUCCGGCAAGAUCCUCUACGGCGGCUUCUCAGCUCACGACAUCAACCGCAAAUAUAGAGGCGAAGUUGUCUUUGUCGAUGAAGAGGACACUCACUUCCCAACGCUCACAGUUGGUCAAACCCUCGAAUUCGCUCUACGCAACAAGGUACCCCACCGCUCUCGUAGGCUACAAGCAGAGUCUCGCCAGCAAUUCAUCGAGACAUGUAUCGAUGUCAUGCUCAAGAUGUUUGCUAUGACUCACGUACGUGACACCAUUGUCGGUGACCAAGCUGUACGUGGAGUGUCGGGUGGUGAAAGGAAGAGGACUACGAUCUCAGAGGCUCUAGCUACACGUGCUAGCGUGAUUGCAUGGGACAACUCCACUCGAGGCCUCGAUGCCAGCACUGCUCUCGACUAUGCAAGGUCUCUCCGUAUCAUCACCGACCUUGCACAACGUUCGACCAUCGCUACCCUCUACCAGGUCUCGGAGAGCAUCUUUGACCUUUUUGAUCGCGUCGCUGUCAUCGACCAGGGUCGUUGCAUCUACUAUGGUCCUCGCAAGCUGGCUCGAUCCUACUUCUACGAGCUCGGCUACGACACGCCCGAUCGUCAGACCACCGCUGACUUCGUCACUUCCCUCACCGACGUCAACCAGGUCCUUUUCCGACCCGGUAUGGAGGCUUGCGCACCCAAGACGGCUGAAGAUCGUGAGCGAGCCUGGAGACAGAGCAACCUCCAUCGCCAGCUUGAAGCAGAAAUGGAGUCGUACGAAGAGCACCUGGCUCAGGCCGAGCAGGCCGACCGCCUCAAGCAGACCGUCAGGUCCGAGAAACGAAAAGGUGUCAACAAGGGCUCUAGCUACACCGUUAGCUUCUGGGACCAGAUUCUCAGCUGCAUUUGGCGCCAGCUCCUUAUCAAGUGGGGUGCUAGAGGCGACCUCUACGUCAAGCUCUUCACCAUCAUCUCGGUCUCGUUCAUGAUCUCGUCCCUCUUCUACAACCAGCCCUUCGAUUCGCAGGGUGUCUUCACGCGUGGAGGUAUCCUCCUCUUUGCAUGUCUCUUCAACGGAUGGCUCCAGCUCUCGGAGUCGUUCGAGGCUGUUGCUGGCCGACCCAUGCUCAGCAGGCAUAGGCAAUUCGCCUUUUACCGUCCAUCGGCCGUCGUCCUGGCACGAGCUCUCGUCGACAUCCCAUUCCUGUUGGUCCAGUGCUUCCUCUCGUCCAUUAUCAUCUACUUCCUCGCCAACCUCAGGAGAGACGCUGGCGCCUUCUGGAUCUUCUACGUCUACUGCUUCCUCUCGUCGUACAGUUUAACUGCCCUCUACCGCAUGUGUGCUGCCUUCUCGCCUGGCUUCAACGAGGCCAUUCGAUUCUCGGUGCUUGCUCUCAAUGUUCUCAUCAUCUGGGUCGGCUAUGUCCUUCGUAGGCCGCAGAUGAAUUGGAUGAUCUGGCUCAAUUAUGCCCAGCCCAUCUCCUAUGCCUUCGAAGGCUUCUUGGCUAACGAGCUCAAUUACGACAUCGACUGCUCGCCUUCUCAGAUUGUACCUUUUGGUCAAGUCCGAGAUGCAGCCUUCCAGACCUGCUCCCUCACUGGCGGCGUCCCCGGCUCUAUUGUGGUGCCCAGCGCUGACUACCUCUCGACCACCUUCGGAUACUCACGCUCCAAUAUCGGCCGCAACGUUGGUGUUCUUAUUGCCUUCUCGGUUGCCUACCUCAUUCCGACCAUUAUUGGAGCCGAAAUCAUGAACUUUGGAGGAGCUGGAGGAGGAGUGACUGUGUUUGCCAAGACCAAGGCUGCGAAGGCCAGGCUCGCAAACUCGCCUGUCAAGGACGACGUGGAGGAAAAGCCUGUUGUAGCAGCUUCUUCCAGCGACGACUCCAAUGGCAGUAUCACCCGCGCCAACUCACCUGCAGCCUCGGCCAACAAGACGGCCGUCAAGACGGUCGAAGAACUUGACAAGAAGGCUAUCUUCACUUGGAAAGGUGUCUCGCUUACUCUCCCAACUGGACGCAAGCUUCUCGACGAUAUCACAGGUUACGUCAAGCCAGGAACCAUUACCGCUCUCAUGGGUGCCUCUGGGGCUGGUAAGACGACCUUGCUCACUGCCCUUUCGCAGCGAGGCAUUGCAGGGAGCCUCUCUGGUGACAUCCUCGUUGAUGGCAAGCCUCUUGGCCCUGGCUUCCAAAGAGGGACUGGCUUCGUGCUACAAGGCGAUAUCCAUCUCGCCUCGCAGACAGUCCGAGAGGCUAUUGAAUUCUCCGCUCUGCUUCGUCAACCAGCCGAGGUUUCUCGCAAGGAGAAGCUCGCUGAUGCUCAGCGUGCCAUUGAGCUCCUAGAGCUUGAAGAUCUACAGGAUGCCCUUAUCGGCGUCCCCGGGUUUGGUCUUGGUGUCGAGCGUAGGAAGCGUGUGACCAUUGCCGUCGAGCUUGCUGCUAAGCCUGACCUGCUUCUCUUCCUCGACGAGCCUACGUCUGGUCUGGAUUCAGCUGGCGCUGCCUCGAUUGUUCGUCUUAUUCGUCGCCUGGCCAGCGAAGGCCAAGCUAUCCUCUGCACCAUCCACCAGCCCAGCGCACUUCUUUUCGAGUCCUUCGACAAUCUCUUGCUGUUGCAGCCAGGUGGGAAGACCUCGUAUUUCGGAAGCAUUGGCCACGAGCAAGGCAAGGGCUCAGACAAGGUCCGCGAGUACUUCGAACGCAAUGGUGCUCCUGCUUGUCCCCCCACCACCAACGUGGCUGAGUACAUGCUUGAGAUCGUUGCACAGAAGUCCGACAGACCCUGGUCAGAGCGCUGGAAGGCUUCACCUGAAGCUAGAGCACUUCGUGAUGAAGUUGAUGCCAUCAAUGCCGAACGUGCUAGUCGACCUACUGUUGAAGAUUCACGGUCCAAUCAGGAGUUUUCUGCAACUCUGAAGGCCCAAAUCGUCGAAUGCACCAAGCGACAGUUCCGUGAUCUGUGGAGAGAUGCUCCUUUUGCGUAUGGAAUUCUCUUUAGCAACAUCGUCACUGGUUUCGCAGCAGGAGGAGGCUUCUAUGGCCUCGGAAACUCGGUCACCGAUCUGCAGUACCGAGUGUUUGUGGUCUUCUUGGUCAUCCUCAACUUCCCUGCUACGGUCAACUCCAUCAUCUCUAAGUUUUGGGAGAUGCGUAUCACCUUCACGGUGCGUGAGGGACCUUCCAAGACUUACUCCUGGAUUGCAUUUAUGACUGCCUUCGUUGUUGUUUCGAUUCCGAUCGCUUUGGCUGCAUCAGUGCUCUUCUUCCUGCCAUCGUUCUUCCUGCCCUUUGGUCCGCAGAGGUCGACGGUGGCAGGCAUGUGGUACUUGAUGAUCUUCCUCGUGACCUGCUACGAGAUGUUCUUCUCGUUGGCGUUAGCUGCAGCUUGCCCUACACCCGUGACAGCUGCCAACUUGUUGCCAUUCUUACUGCCGUUCGUGGCCAUCGUCAACGGCGUCAUCAAGCCAAAGGCGACACUGCCUGCUCCCUGGUCUGGACUCAUUUACGCCAACCCGCUCUACUGGUACGUUCGCUCCAUGGUCGGCAACAUCCUACACGACCUGCCCGUCCGUUGCCGACAAGAAGACCUGGCUGUGUUCAACCCACCUAACGGCCAAACGUGUGGUCAGUAUGCUCUUCAGUGGGCUCAGUCGGUUGGUGGUCAGCUACUGAACCCGGAUGCCAGCAACAACUGCGAGUUCUGCCAGUUCCAAGUCGGUGAUCAGUUCGCAGCCACACUUGGCGCUACAUGGCAGUUCCGCUGGAAGGGAGUCGGCAUCGUGACUGGCUUUACGAUCGGCCAACUCUUCCUUGCAUACGUUGCUUACUGGUACUUCACAGAGAAGGGCUUCGGCAUCGGUGGCGGCGUGAUCUCAGCCCUGGCUGGGAGGAUAAAGAGGCUCGGUAAGGGCCGUCAAUAG